AUGGCGGAUACAGCUAGAACUCAUCACGAUAUCACCACUCGAGACCAGUAUCCUAUAAUGGGUCGAGACCGAGACCAGUACUCGAUGACUGGACGGGACCACUACCAAGGUUCCGGCCAAAACUACUCCAAAUCUAGGCAGAUUGCUAAAGCAACUACUGCAGUCACGGCUGGUGGAUCCCUCCUUGUCCUCUCUAGUCUCACCCUUGUGGGAACGGUCAUUGCAUUGAUAGUUGCCACGCCACUGCUUGUUAUCUUUAGCCCAAUUCUCGUCCCCGCUCUCAUCACCGUGGCACUGCUCACCACGGGCUUUCUCUCCUCUGGUGGGUUUGGCAUUGCAGCUAUAACGGUCUUCUCUUGGAUCUACAAGUAUGCAACAGGAGAGCACCCACAGGGGUCUGAUAGGCUGGACAGUGCACGGAUGAAGCUAGGAGGCAAAUUUCAAGAUAUGAAGGACAGAGCUCAGUACUAUGGACAACAACAUACAGGUGGGGAACACGACCGUGACCACCACCGUGACCACCGCACCCGUGGAACUCAGCACACUACGUAA